AUGGCCUGCUCCGCAUCCCUCGCCGGCCCCGUCGACGCCAACGGGCCCGGCAGCGCCGCGUCUUCUACUGCCUCGUCCAUCAUCAAGCCGGGCGGCGGCUCCGGACAGACCAAAUGCCUCGAGUGCGACGGCGUCUCGUGCUGCUGCAUCCCGAUUCCCUGCGUCGUUAUAUGUGGGUAG